AUGGGCUCCAUCUCCAUUCCUAAGACAGUCGGUGGCGAUGACCACGGUUCCGAGUUUAGACGGGCUGGACUGCCCCAGAAUCCGGACGGCUGGAUUACUCGCGCUAGGGAGGUUGCAGCUAUACUCUCCCGCGAUGCAACACAGAGGGAUGUUGAGAACAGGUCACCAGUCGAAGAGAUUCAGCUGUUGAAAGCCGCCGGACUCACUCGAGCUCUAGGUCCCAAACAGUAUGGAGGAGGUGGUCAACCGUGGAGCGUCGGAUAUAAGCUCAUUCGAGAAGUAGCGAAAGGUGAUGGGUCACUCGGAAUGCUUCUAGGCUACCACCUUCUCUGGUCUACCACAGCGAACGUUGUCGGCACGGAUGAGCAAAAGCAUCGGAUCCAAAAGCUCAUCCUUGACAACGACUGGUUUGUUGGAGGUGCGGUCAACCCACGCAACUCUGACCUCAAAAUCACCUCUGAGGGUGACGAAAUUGUCUUCAACGGCUUCAAGAACUUCAAUACUGGUGGCGUUGUUUCCGACGCAACUAUUCUCGAAGGAGUUCUCGAAGGCACGGAAGAUCACAUCUUCACCAUCGUUCCAACUAGACAGCCCGGUAUCCAGUUCGGCCACGACUGGGACAAUGUUGGCAUGAGACUGACGGAGUCUGGAAGCGUACGCAUCGAAAACAUCCGCGUGCCAUGGGCCGAUGCAUUUGGUUGGUCUCCGUCGGAGAAGAGACCCAUCAAAGAGGUCCUUCAGAUUCCAUUCGCCACACUACUCCUGCCAACCAUUCAGCUUGUUUUCUCGAACUUCUAUCUCGGUAUAGGUCUUGGUGCACUUGACGAAGCGAAGAAAUGGACCACAACAAAGACGCGUGCAUGGCCGUAUGGCGGAGACAACAAGAAGAGCGCCACAGAUGAAUUCUACAUUCUCUCGAAGUAUGGCAACUACUUUGCUCAUCUAAGAGCUGCCGAGGCACUUGCAGAUCGUGCUGGCGAGGAAGUUGACUCUUUGUACGCUGAUCAUGGAGAAAAGCGGGACGUGAGUGCUGAGCGGCGAGGCCAUGUUGCUGAAUGGGUAGCCAGCAUAAAAGUUGUCGCGACCGAUGAAGCACUCAGGGUUGCAGCUGGUGUCUUCGAAGUGACUGGAGCUAGUGCAUCGGCAAAGAAGGUUGGUCUUGAUCGUUUCUGGCGAGAUGUGAGAACGCACACUUUGCAUGAUCCUGUGGCGUACAAGGAACGCGAGCUCGGACGAUACUUCUUACUUGAGGAGGUACCCGAGGCCACUUGGUAUACUUGA